AUGGAGAGCUCUCCAAAUUAUCCAUCAGCCAACAUUAAACACUUGCACCCCGGCGCGGCUCUGAUCCGGUCCUUUGUAGGCGGGAUAACCCGAGUCAAGCCCUCUACAGCGCGCUCAGAUGGGAAUGGCCUUUUGGAGCUUGGCCGGUUCAAAGGUAAGCAACCUCAAUCUGUACUGGGGGCCACAUCUCUGCACUUUCUCCUCCUAACUUGGUGCGCAGGCUUUCCAUGAGGGAGGAAGGAAGAAACCAUCACAGACAGACACAUCUGUUGUUAUAGCAACCGGAUAAAAGAAGGUCCAGCCUGUUGAUCUUUUCUACCCUCCUAACCUGAUUUCUCGACAUUUUUCUUGUGGUUGUAUUUGCAUAUUUCUUCAUUAAGGCCUGGAAUCAGACCUCCUCAGUCAAAGAGACACAAAGCUUCUUGACGCCUCUGAGCAACCAGUCUGACCCUGACUGCAGACAAUAGUUGGAAUCUCUGCAAUCAAACAUUAAUACAACUUUAAUGGGAUGGCACAUGUAAAAGCAGAGCAUGUAUCAAACAAUAUUUGAAUUUGGCACAGGUGCAAAAAGAGUUUGCUGCACCUCGGGGUCUUAUGUUAAAAAUGUAGUGGGUUUUAAUUUAACAAUAGUUCAUUUACUCUAUCCUCUGUCAUGUCUCUGAGAGUUGCAGAGCUCUUCAGUGAGAUUAUUUUGUCUCUAGAGUGGUGCAUGUGAUUGCUGAGUCGAAUUUGGGCCUCGAUUUUUGUGGAGUGAACCUACAUCCUGCAAGCCAAACGCGCAACCACGCACGGGCGUUAACUGAACAUAACAGGGCAUGCUUUUUUAGUAAUGAUUUUAUUCCUGAAAUACGGAAAUAAUAUCUAUCUUAAAAAUGGGGAAAUUUCACACGGAAUUUCCAGAAUGGGGAUGAGCUGCUGGAUAAGGCAUGUCUGCGUCUUUGUCUUAGGAUUGCUUCACUGGGCCUCUCAGAGCUCUUCAUCAAUCAGCGCUGCAGCUUUUAUAUCUGCGCAUUAAUCGGGUGUGGAGUUAUUUCGUGGGGUAAGAUGGUGUAAGCACGCCUGCCGCACCUUUGGGCUCCGCGCUGCAGCCCGCGGACUGGAACACCCAAGUAGAUCUGUCUCCAUGGUGACGGCGGGACACCGGUCCAACAAGCUGUAAUUCUGUCUCAGCCUUUUGCAGGGGAGGGACCGUCACCAGCCCGACUUAACUCCUCUUUCACCAGAAAUACUCCUAAUCCCAUAUCUUAGCAGGGCUAACUGCCGUCCCUCAGUAUAUUAAAAGACCACAAAGUCAAAAGUCAAAACUCAAAGCCACCCAUGGUUUCUCUGCGGGCGGCCUGCAUGGUCCGGCCCGGUCCGGCCCGACCUGACGCUCACUCAGUGCGAGAACCUGCAGCUCCACCGUGCGCCUGUCCGAGUCUCUCCAUACAUCAUACAACAAACUGUUCAUUAAAAUAUUAUCAUUAUGAGGCCUAUACUGAAAAAGGUGUGCAUUAGGUGGAAUAGUUUUUAUUAUCCUUUAUUACCUUCCAAAUCCAGACACCAAGUGAGUUAUUGCCAAAAAGUGAAAUUUGAUGUGGAUUAAAUAUGGAUAAAAUCGUUUGUCAACCUGACUAUACGAUGGUGUUUCCUAACUGAAUUGAGCGACUGUUCUGUUCACGGUAGAAAAAAAAGAGAGAGAGAUGUAAAUAAAAUGUAGUUAUCAGUAGGUCUAUCAAAACAGCAAACAUAUUAUUAGGAAUUGCGCAUCAAAACUGUCAAAACAAAUCCUGUGAAUUCAGCUCCGAUCUUAAUUUGUACAUGAAAUGGAGAGGUGCAAAAUAAUUAUCCCACUGGUAGUUAUUAUUUAUUACAUUUGUAAAUGUUUAAAUGGUGCAACGGAAUAAAUAAAACAAAUAAAUAAUGCAGUCAAAUUGACAAAAAAAAAAUGCUAAUUAAAAAUAAAUACCGGGGCUAAAUGAUGCACUUUAAACUCAUUCUUGUCCUCAGGGUUUUUGUCGACAUAGUUUUAAGAUGUAUGAUCCAAAAGCCCUUAAAUUCAGAGCUUGUGUAGUUUAUUUUUCUGUCCAGAUUUUUUUUUUCAAAAUUGUAUCUUAUCAUGAUAUGCAAUUAGAAACUAAGACAUACGAAAAAUCUGCAUUAUGUGGAAUGUAAAAUCACUCUAUAAGCACAUUCAGGAGCUCAAAUUGAGCUUUUGCACCGUGAAGGCCUUCAUAUUCUAAAAGUGAUGUUUGGAUGACUUUUGGAGGUCAAUCUAAGAUUUUCAACAUUGAUGCAUUAAAAAAAUGUUACCAAGUUGUAAAUAUUGAAAUGACUGCAGUAAUGAUUCGGAAUGGCGUGCAGAAAGGGUGGUUAAUGUAAGUUUGUUCCUUUAAUCCUCUUUUAAAUUAAACAAGGAAUUAAGGUAUGUGUAAAAUUCCCAUACUUCUUGCCAUGUCUUAUUUAGUCCCCUGCUGUUCACAGUGCCAAAAAAAGAGACUCUCUGACUUCCUCUUUUCUUUAAGUUAGAUACAUGCCACUUCUGAUUUUCUAUCAACUAAAACAUACAUUAGACAUUAGAUAACUCUUUACUUUGAAAUAAGUUCAAGUCUCCCAGUAGGUGUGACUGUGAAUGCCAUUAUUUUGUAGGCUUUGCUGUAUGAGGGUCAUUCUGAGGUUCUGUUUUGAUGGAAAGAAGAGGUGUCUGUGUUUGAGAGGGAGAGUGGCAGAAAUUGCCGGACGGACGGACAGGGUGAGAAUGCGGCCGCAGACUGUGAUGUGUCCGCACUGCUCUGUCAUGAGUGUGUGACAUUCCAGUGUAAGACUCCUUCAUGUCCUGAGAGAGAGAGAGAGAGAGAGAGAGAGAGAGAGAGAGAGAGAGAGAGAGAGAGGUCCACUAACAAUGCCCAUUGAGUGCUGUGAGGCAGCAGCUGGUGGGACAUGCAGCAAACCCAAAAGCAGUCCACCCACCACCCAGACCAGGACAGGGUGCCUCUCACCACCCUUCUGCUUUUAUAUGCCCGAGGCGGAUGGAUGGCCACUGUUUAUCAUUGUGAAGUAUUGCAACAUCAGUCUGACAGAAGGAAGAGGAGAGGACCCCCCCAUCCCACCAAACCAGUCAAGAUCUUGAUUGGCAUAAAGGGUGAUGAAGAUUUUGUAAAUAUGUGGAAGAAGAUCUUUCCAUCUUGUGUUAGUUUGAGGGAGAUAAAACUGAGAUGACAGGCAGAGGCCUUUUGUUUCUCAGGAGUGCUGAAGUGAGGCUCAGCCACACACUGGAGGAGGGGAUUAGGUCCUUGAGGAGAGAGCGUACAGAAAACCCCCGCCAUGAAAGUUAAAAGAUGUGUGAUCAACCAGGCAGAAACAUAUUGUAUUGAAUAGAGAUUAAAGAAGCUCCAAAUAUGAGGUUUGGUUUUGCAUGAGUUGACUCCUGGAAACAUUGGUGUGCAUGCAUGCUCUCAUGCUUCUAGCCUCUGAUUCUGCAGGUUUGUCCCCACGGGUGUCAUGCCUGUAUUUGAGAUUAAACCUUGUUGGCAAAGCGACCAUAAAAAGGAUAUGUCAGUUGUGCUAAAGGGAUGUCUGUCUGGCUGUGAUUGAUCUGCCAAGGUUCCUGUAUUCCCCUCGAGACCGGACACCUUCAGGUUUUAGAUUCAGCAGUUGCCAGUUCUGAUGGAUAUCAGCUUUGGAAAAGAACCACAAUAUUUCCCAUUUCUGACCCAUUUACACCCUGUGUGGCACAUCCAGCAGCACAUGGCCAUAACAUGGAAGCCAACAUACAGCAAUCAUCUCCCCACUUCCCCCCCUUAGCUCCAGUUCCAGGAAGUGAAAGCUGAGUCUUGCCAGCCAAUCACAGCGAAGGACACCCAACUCAUUAAAAGUUAAUGAAACCUAUAAACGUGGUGCGCCAGCGAUUCAUUUAAACCCCCAAUCCAAUCUCCUCUCCCAGCAAAGGCAAACAAGCCCGUGUGCCCCCAGUGCCGUCCUCGGAAUAACAAACCACGGAAUAUUUUGUCCUGCAUAUGUUCUCCCAUGCAGACAUGUGCACUGUGAUAGGCUCUUACAAUGGGACUUGUCCAAUUUAGAGAAUGGCAGGAUGGUGAAUUCUGUAAUCUGUGUCUGAGUUGAAUUUAAUGCCUUUACUUUACACCUCUCAGCUUGUCCGAAAUGCUGGCGAUAGAUGCCAUUUCAACAUUCAUGAGAAUCAAUGACAUUCAAAUAAUGUCCUCAUUUUAAUACCAGGAGUGGGAGACGAAUCUGCGUCGAAAAAAACCCUCAAAUCUUCACAGUCAGAACUGUUCUUGGCCUGGUCUGGAUAAACUUCUCUCUCUGUUCAUUUCAGGACACUGUCACCUAACAGCAUUACAGCUCUCAAUUUGAUAAGGACUCAUCAGAGGCAAUAAAUCCCCACCUUAUAAGUGUCCAAAUCUAAAGUGCAGGACAAUAUCCCCCCUUGUCUAUGAGACCUCCAUUUCAACAGUGCCCCAUAGAGCUUCCCUUGGGGGAAUUCAAAUUAAAUUCCCCCCAUGUCUAGUGCCACUGUCAGCCUGCUAAUGAAUUCCCAUACCCUGACUCGAAUCAAAUUAAUCCCCAAUUUAAUCCCGUAUAAAUGGCUGGGUUAUUUAUCAUGGAGAGGCGGAUGCUCGGCUGAAGGAUUGAAGAAAGCUGGGAGGUGUCUACGGAGCUGUUGAGCAGAUUACGGUGAAGGAUGAGGCCUGCACGUCUCCCCCUCUGCAGAAUAGUCCCCUGAUACACACAAUUUAACCCUCGCCUGCUUGAAGCUGACAGAAACAUCAGCAUGCUGUCACUUCAUAUCCUUUAGAUUAAGGAGUUAACGGGCAGAUUUAUUGGUCAGAGGUGGAAUACUCUCAUCUUAAAGUGUCCGGCAAGAAGGCGUUGAGUUUAAGGGCCAUAUUCAUUUGUUUGUGAGGGCUUUGGUUACAGUUAAAUUAGCAAUGAGUUCAGACUUGUUACAACCAAACUCUGUUUAAGGUCAAAGGGCCAGAGACAGUUGCAUGGGGAUAGCAAUGCAAAUUUCACACUGACUUCCCUUCACAUGCAAAACUUCCCUGUAAAAAAAAAGUGGUUGCAUAUUUCUGGAAACGUCUCCCCCAUCAUUGUGUAAACCUGAAGCCCACCACCUUGAUUUAUUGUCAUAAGAGCUGUGAGACAGACAGGUAGUUUGUAAAAGGGCUUUUUCAUACAAAUAGCACAGUAUCAUGCGGCAUGAGGGGAAUUAUUGCUAAUGCUUUUUUGAUGCAAAUACGAUGGUCCACUACGCUGUCAGAUGCAUUUGUGUGAAGAAAAGCAAAAGUCCAGAUGGUGGCUCCAGGUUCAGUUAUUGGUGUGUGGCUCCUAAGACUGGAGCUGUUGGAGAGCCCUCCCCUGUGUUGUUUUUGGCUCAUUCAUACAGCAGCCAACAGAGAAAGAAAACAAAACAUCCAGAUACGCCAACAUCAUUAUAUUUGCAGCAGUUUUCUUUGUGGAAAAAAUGUGUUACUGCAAAGGAUAAAUAGGAUUAUUGAGAUCGAUCAACUGGAUUGGAAAGUGUUGAAAGCCAAAAAGUUGUUAACUGUAUCAGCUGUUAACAUUCACUGUCAUAAACCAUGACAGACACCAAAAUAGUGUCCAUUUAGAACUAAGAUGGAUUAAUAGUUUGUGUGUAUUUAUAGGACUUGUGCAGAUCCAAAAGUAUUAUUUACUGUGUAUAGUUCUUAAGUAAGCAUAAGUAUGGGCCGGAUGUGAGGAUGACAGACGGUUCUGGAGACACUUUGGCAGUUCAUAGGACAGUUUGGAGCCUUUAAAGCUCGGUCCACCAAAUGUCUGAACAGCUAUGGUUUAUUGAGGCAUCUGUAAGCUUACUCUUUUUAUUGCCAAGCUUGGCUCGUGCGCCCACAGUCCUGGAGAGAGAGAGAAAAAACACACCACACAAAAGUUUGCUGUUUGCCUUCAUUCCACCAAAUCCUUGACAGCCGUGCUAUAGCCCAUCACUAUUCACACCAUUGUGCUGUCACAACAACUAAACACAUCAUUUGUGUUGCAGAAAGUCAUCCUGUAUGUAUCCAAUACCAAAUGUUUGGCGAGUGGGAGAGGCGAUGGUUGGGGCGGGGGCUGAAUAAUUUGCUAGGAAACAUUUUACUGAACAUUUGGUGAUAAAAACGCAGGCGUCGGCCCCUAGGCUUAAAGCAAUUAAUUCAGGAUCCUGACAUAAACUCUCCAAUCCUUUGACAGCUUGGAGCUGAAAUAAAAAUGCUAGUUCUCCUGGGAACGGCAGGAGAUAGCUGGCUCUUUUCUGGACUGUUUGCUCACUGGCCCUGAGAGCAAUCUUCCCCAGUCAGAAUGAAAUGCAAGGACACAAACAAUGUACCGGCGAGAGAAUGGGAGAUGGGGAAUGAACAGUUUGGACUAUUUGCUCAGCAGAAGGGCAGCCACAAUGGCCGGCCGAUGGCUUUCCCAUGCAUCAAGCCUCUUAGUCUUAGGCCUCCCUUUGUUGCCUGGUUUCUUCUUCUCUGGCCAGAUAAGAGCCCAGCUGCCCUAUACUUUUAAUUCCCAUUGUAAAACAUACUGUAUGGUCAUUUAUCUUUGCACAUUCAGCUUUUUUUUCUAAUUGGGUGGGGUAUCAUGUGUGUAUCGUUGUUCACCUUUGCAUGUGUACUCGUUUAGGGGUUGAAUCACACACACUUAACAAUAAAAGGCAGUCGGGAGCCAGGGAAGGGGGAUAACGGCUGACCCCUCCUCUCUUUUAGAGGAGGCAGGAAAAGUCAAGCACGGACUACGAUAAGGAUAUCCAAGAGAUUUAGUGUAAUGUUUAAUCAUUACAAAGCAGUUUGAACCAUUUUAAUCGACAAACAAAUAAGUUCUUAAAAGUUUGAUUCGAGAUGCGAGAAAACCCUCACUGAGGAGUCUUUUUUUUGAGCGCCCAACAAAGAUGUACUUUUCCAGCCAAAGGCAGAAAGCCUCCGAGGGCUCUUGAGGGAGAAAUGAGAUGCGGUCAUUAUAUGACCUAAUGGCAACUCCAGCCAGAGGAGAGGGCAAACAGAGCAAGUGUAGUGGCUCUGGCUGAGAGAGGGAUCCAUAUUGUGCUCUUUUGUUUUGGUUUGUUGGUUUGUGUUUGCAUUUAUAUUGACCAGUUCCCUGCCGAAUGUGUAUUCGCUCUCAAGACAUGUUAUGUUGUCUGCGUGGCAGGAAAUGGAAGUGAAGCCUGCAGGGAAUAAAAUAACAAUAGUAAAUGCAUCUGCAACAAACAAACAAACAAACAAAUAAAUAUUAAAGGGAAAGGGAAAGAUGUGUAAUGGGAUAUCAGAGGGUGAGGGAGUAUAUUCAUGCAUGUGUGCAGACACUUGCCCAAACACACACACACGCACACACACCCAUCCCCCUCUGUAAAGGUUGUGGUGUCAGGGACCCCCUGGGUGGUCAGACUGAGGAUGAUUUCAACACAAUAUAAUGUUGUGUAGGAAAAAAAGACAUUCACUUUCUUUUUUUCCCUCAUUGUCACACACAUAAAAACAUUUAGAAAUACACACAUCAGGUAUAUUUUUCUUUUAAGUUGAAAUAAAUGUGAAAAAGGGACAUCUGGGGUUACAGCUGCUCUUUGAAACACACAGAUAGACCCGAGAAGAACGGUUUUUUUCCACCGCAGUGAAAACACAGCUCAUGAUGAUUCCACAAUGGUUUAUUCUAAUGGCUAAGCUCUUAAUCUAUCAGAUCAGAUUUCAAAGUGCUGCUAGCUGUGCCAAGACAGGUCCCAGGAAGGAAAACCCUUUUGUUUGGGGCAGAAAAUUUCAAAUUUAAGACCAGACUUUAUUCACAAGAGCCUUAAUCACAAAAAAGCUGUGGCCUUUUACGGAAGCAAUAACUCAAAGAGCGACAUCAAGAAACAGUAAGUGCUUGUUUUCACAUCCACCUUUGGUGCACCACCAGUGUUUUGCCAGCAUGUGAGACCUCAGGUAUGGCAAGAUAAAUAGCUGUCUUAUUUGUGCCUGUGUGAGCCAAGCUCCUUGUGGGGUGGUGCUCUCAGCUUCACGCUCCGCCAACGCUGAAAUAAAGCUCUGUUCCAGGCAUUUCAACACCGCUUAAGGUUGUCCGUGGCCGUGUAAUUUAUGAGUUGAGAGGACUUCGUUUUUAAGUUCACUAUGACCUACAAUCUUCAGCAUUCAUGGGUGGAGAAAAGAGCCGUGUGAGUCAUAGGAAACUUACAACACCCCUCCAAUUACCUUAAACAAUGGCGGUCUGAGCGAUACCUGCAGUGUUCUUCGGUGUGGUUCAGCCUCUAAAUGCGAUGUGACCCCAAAGUAAUAGUAGGAUGUAGACACUUUAGCCGGUCAGGUGUUUUGUCACCUGCGGGUCAGUGUCAAGCUGGCAGGAGGUGGUUUGAGCUGCUCGCUUCAUGCCCCACAGCUCUCAGUGGGUGGCCGUGUGAACAGACAGACAGACGGACAGACAGACAGACAGACAGAAUGACAUGCUGACUUGUGCUUGCUGGCACUGGUUGCCUCUUUGGCAACCCACAGCAGAAGAAAAGAUUGCCUCUUCAAACGUGACUGUGAUUAGGUUUUCUGGCAUUUGGAUUUAAAUGUAGAGUGAUAGAUUAAGUCCACUUUUGGCAUGAGGUUUUUACUUAUCUAUUUAUUUUUUUUGUUUCACUAGAAGCUCUUAGAUGAAAACUAAAGGGUUUGAAUUGAUUUUCAAUUAAGAAUAAGUUAAAGCAAUACACCAGAAUUGUUCUCUUAAAGAUAAUCUUCAACUGCAUCACUGUAGAUUCUGUGUAAUCUUUUGUAUUUAUUUUUUAUGCUAAAUAAUAGAAAAAAUAUAUUGAAAGAAAUCAAAUUUCCUACAUUGAAACACUAAAAAUAACAAACUAACUGAUUCAAUAUGUGAUUUAUAAUUGUGCUGUGUGGAAGAGUUAAACAUUUACAUGGACAUAAUCUUGUGUUUACUCUUGGUUACAGUGAGGGGAUAUAUGACUGGAUAAUUAUGUUUUAUUGCUAAGCCUCUGCACAAAAGGAAAUUAAAUCUGACAUUAUUAGUCUGAAGUUUUAUUAGCAGUCCUGCAUAUUGCUACAACAUGAAAUUUAUUAUCAGAGCACUGUAAUUUAUGUCUGUUAAAACUACAGUAAAAAAUGAUGAAAAAAAUGAAUAAAAAAACCUCAAGAGAAAGGUAAAGUCAUACAAGUUUAAACCUUAAAAUAGUAAUGUGUUUUAUUUUGAAAGUAGAUAAAGCUCUUUAUUAAGUUAAUUAAUAAUGCCUCACAUUUUGUAUUAUUAAUUAGUUAUUAAUGGUUUUGUAAAUUCCAUAGAUUGAUAUCUCAGUAAUAAUUUUUUUUAUCUGCAAUGAAUUUCAAAUUAAACAUAAAAGGUUUCCUGAAUACACCAAAAAUAAAAAAAAUCUGAUAAUACUGCAUUUAAAAAACAAACAAACAAACAAACAAACAUAUCAAUGGAUUGAAAUACAUAUUUCCUCUCAAUUUGGAAUCAAAAUUAACAAUUGAAUAUUGCAAUGAAAAGAACUUUAUGCACAAAAAAUAAAAAUCAGAUUUCAGCAGCAUUUUUAUGAAAUUUUAAUAUUCUUUUUUGUUAUGAGCAUUAUGUUGACUAAAAUUACAUACACUUUACAGGCAAUUUAAAGAGAUCAUUUAUGCAUAUUUUUUUGUCACAUAAUGCAGCCGUCAAGAUUAUUUUUUCAACAUGAGUAAUGGAUUACUGUAAAAAUCAAAGACAGAAGUAAAUAACAGAAGUGUUUUGGACUUCUCCUUUUAAAUGCUGUCUUCCUUUUUGAAUCACUCUGAGCAGAUCCACUCAUCGGAUAAUUUGAACACUUUCAGGACCUUACACAGCCAGCCAUGGUUUUUAGCGUUCCCAUUACCUCUCUGCCAAUGUGUGAAUGUCAACACCCUGUAAACACCUUUGACACACAUGCUUGAAUGCAAUGGGUGAGUUAACUAAACAUUCCUGGGUGUUCCUCAUAAAGGUCCACCACUCACCCAGCAGACUGCACUGACCCGUCUCCCACACCACAAACUGCACUCAUGGACAAGAAUUUUUUCCAUUCAUGCUUUCUUAAAUGUAUGUUUCCACUAUUUGUACAGGUAAUAAAAAUAACACUAGGUAUUAAAUAUGUUUUGUAGAAAUUGCAGUGAUAUAUAGGUCCUUAUUGGCCCAUUUUCUCCCUCUGUGUGUCUUAAAAAAACCUGCAACAAUACUCUAUAAGGAUUUGGGAAUUUGGGAGUAUAAUUCCAGCCCCGUGCUUAUCGCCACACCCAGACUAUUUGAGUGUUUUGAGAUGCGGCCUCCCUAAGGACGGAUCGAAGGCGUCCUAGUAGAACUGCACAUCAAAUAAAUAGGAGGAUGGGAUUUAUAUGGAGGCUGAGUCUCUGUCAAAUAGGGCUCUGCUGACUGAAGUGAUCCCCACGGCCCGAGAGGAAGAGAGGAGGGAGAGGAAGCCUCAGAGGGAGGACGGAUAGCUGCAGAAGAGCUACACACACUCACUCCCACAAGCACACACACAACCACACACUCAAACACAGUCAAACACUCACACAAUGUCCCUCUCAGUCCUGGGUUGUGACCGGCCCAUGGCAUUGGCCAGGUAUGUCAGCAAUGUUUGCCAAGCCAUCCAUCACCCAUGCACCUUCCCUCCUGAAACAGGAACUUUUGUUUGAAGCACACACUUGUUAAGCCCAUCCUUUGACUCCCCUCAACCUAAUUUAUUUCGUUAUAGCUGAGAGACACAGGAUUUAUUAGCAACUAUGUUUUGUUCUGUCUUUUUCCUCUUAUUGUGGCCUGCUCAGUGCAAACGUGUCGGUGGAAACAUGGGUGUGUUGUUGCUGAAGAGAGAUUGCGAGCUCUCAGUUUGGGGACACCAAUGGGUCCUUAUCAUAUGUGACCAGGGUUAGCAAAUAAACACACAAACGGUGAAGUUAAGCUGCAUGUAAGGAAAGACAAGAUUUAUGACAGUAUGACACGGUGAUGAGGAAAUGUUUAUUUUUAGUUUGAGUCUCUACAACAUGCUUAAGAGAGGAUGAAAAGAAGAAUUCGUCUUUUCAUUUGUUCGAGGAAAUGGUUGACUAAUUGGGUUUGGGAUUAAGUUUAUUUUGUGGAUGGAUUAUCUUAAAAAAAAUCAGCAUUUUAAUUUGUGAGAACAUUUUAAGGUUUGGAUAGAUUUCAGGAAGUGCUGUAUUACGAAGUUAAAAUACACAAAACCGGAGUCAUUUAGCCGACUCUUGACCAGCAUGUGAACUGUCUGAAAGAAACCUCGGCGCAGGCUGGUUUGUUUGCCAAAGCACCUAAGUUGGAGCCUUACUUUACUCUCUGAAACACACAACCGUCAUUUAUCUCUCCACUUCUUCUCAGAGCAAGAGAGCAGAUAUCACUAAAAGUGCCACGUUAAUGAUUGACUGUCAGCGCUCCCAGCAUCCUGCGCUGAGUGGCCACUUUGCUGCUCUUGUGCUCAGUUUCCAGCUGUAAAUGUUUGUGAUCCCACUCUUCUCUCUGACUCCCAUACAGUAUUAUUAGCUCUGGGGGGUUAGGGUGGGGUCACCACUAACUUUCAAUAAAGAACUAUUGGCAUGCUGAAGUAAAAGGCAGAUAAGAGUUUGUCUCCGACCCUUUUAGUGCUUUAUAAGAAUGUGGCUGUGUAAACCUUAUCACUCCACAAGAUAAAUUUGGGCCAGCUUUGUGAGGACAAGUUUAUGCAUUGCUUUUUCUCUGGCUCUAAAAUCCCACUUUGACAGGCGUGAAAUGAGUCCUGGACUUUUCAUUGACAGUUCAAGAUGGAGAGCAAACUGAGAUUAGGCCAUGUUAAUUAAUUGUUGGGUUGGUAAAGUGGCCUCCAGUUCAAUGAAAGACUUGUUCUGUUUAGUUGCCGUCCUGCCAAUCAGGAACAAAAGUGUAAUCAUGAAUUUGUUGUCCUUGUUCCACACUUUGUGUUCGACGGUUUGAGGAUUUCCAGUGUAAUUAAACACGAUCUUUUUGAUUUUUUUUUUUGCACUGAACAUAAGUCUUGACACCACUUAAAAUAAGCUAAUAAAAGUAGAGCAAAAUUAAAAUGUAAAAUGACGUAUAAGUGAAAUUUCUGAUGAGUUGAUCAAUGUUUUCUCUCCAUCUUCCACAGACGCACACAGGGACGAAUCUCUCCAGCGAUGAUGACCUCUACCUUUAUCACCCUGCUUCAAGAAACCCGCACACUCUUUCCCGUCGAUGUACUUGGCCAUAUCUGUAUCUGACCUGACUGCCAUAUGUAAUAUCAAAGCCUCUGUCAGCGUGGAGCUGAAUGGGAACAAAAGAGAGGCCUCCAUUAAUGAUUAACUGUUCUAAAAGCCCCGGCUUUUGUAUUCCCAUGGUGCCCGGGCUAUCUGGCCACCAUGUGACAUGCUCACAGCGUUUUUCGAGCAGAUUGGGGGAAAGCUAGUGAGCAAACACAGGUGCUUUGGAGCAGCGUCGCCGACGCUGUCAGGGACAACCACAAACAAGAGCAGCUAUGCCUGGCUAAAUGAAUCCCCACCCCUCCCUACACCAUCACCACCUCCACCCCCUCCUUCUCUACUCUCUGUUGCUAGCUAACUUGUUUGCUAGCUCCGUAUAGCUUUCUCCCAGCAAAGCCCUUCCUCCUGGAGAGUCCCCACGUCCCCCCUCCACAAGUCCAGCGUUCGCCACGGCUGCGCUCCAUGACUUCUCACACCCUCCACGGAAACAAACAAAUAAAAGUGAGGACGGCCGAGCACUUCUUUGAGGUGAUGGCAUUUGCUGUGGUCAUGACUAGUGGGAGAGCAAACAAAUUAAUGGUGUUCCAGUUUUCACUUUCCAAACCAAACUAAAUGUCUUUUAGCUCAAGUGGGGCAAUUCCACUGACCCUGGUGUCAGACGCUAUUUAAUGGUUGCACACUCUUGCACUUAAAAUGCUGAGAGGAGGCCAUAAGAAAUUAAACAGGGCCUGAGCACCAGUCUGCAUGAACCUGAUGUAUGAAAAUAAUUCUGUAUUGUAUGUGUGUGUUUUAAAUACUUUUUAUAUUUGAGCUGGUAACAAUGUGUGACCUAAAACUUUAGCAGGAGGUGUGUGGAGCACUUCACCUUUUCAUCCUGGCUGACUGAUUGUUCACAGUGACUGGGGCUGCUGUGUCGCUUAACUUCGAUAAGACAAUCAGAUGAUAGGAUGGCGUUAUCUUAACAUGGCUUUCCGGCUGGGGGACAAAUGAACAGUGUGUGAUAACAGGAACAAAAGCUCGGCUCUUAUUGGCCGUCUCCUCUGAAGAAAGGAAAAAAUUAUCAGGAAGGAAAAAUCACAAAAGGUGCAGUUUAUUUCUUUUUUCAAUUUUCUACCUAUCCCGGGUCGCAGGGACAGCUUUUUUUCUGAUCAAGCAAAUAUUUAUAUUGUCUCUUGUUGGCAUUUUGCUUUCACAUUGUGCAAUUACCUGAGCCUGUAAAACAGUUAUUAUCUCUGGAAAGAUGAUAAAACAGUUUUAAAACAAACAAUUUAAAUCAGCGGGGGAGGAAAUGAAGUUGUAAAAGUAAAGGAGACUGAUGCUGUAGCGAGGGGCGGACUCAAAAUAUAAACUGUGGACAUAUUCAAACAACAGAGCUGGAGGGAUGGAGAAAUAUGACUGUGUGAGGGGGAGACUGAAAGAUCGAGAAUGAAGAAGGUCAAAGUUGCUUUUUCAGAGCCCUGCUUCUGAUAAGUAAAACACCACUGCGCCUGGGUAUUCUGACUUUUGCAGCCCAAUUCUCAGAGUCGGAGAGGAGUGUGUAGACUCAAGGAUUCACUCAGAACUCUGUUUGCUUUUUUUUUUGCCAAAGAGUGAUUGGAAAAAUAUCGGUGCCCAGGCAGGAAAUGUUAGAAGUUUCUCAGAAGUAAAAAGUCAUUGGAGAAACUGCAUUAAUAAAACAUUCAGUUGAAAAUGGUCUGUUUCGUUUUUUUAUUUUGUAAAGUAUUUUGAAUUAUUUAAAUAUUUUUUAUGAAUGUACUUACUAAAGUCAGCUUUUAUAAAGUUGAAUUUAGAUUCUAUUAGCAUACUUUCAGGGAUGGACAGGGUUUAAAUGUGAAAAGAUGUAUUGGGAGAAGCUCAUCUUAUUCCCUGUUCUGCUGCUGCUUCUCUGCAGGGAUUUAGUCUCAGCUAGCCGUGAGCUGAGUCUGAUCAGAGGAGUUACAAAUCCUCACUUUUAGGGGUCUUACUGUAAUUCACAGGCCUGUUUGCCACAGCAAAGUGUGGGGGCCCAACAUCUCGAGAGGGAUUGGAGACAACAUCUUUGUUGGCUCCUCAUUGUGUUCUGGUGAAAGUCGUCCAGCCCCAUUGUCUGACCAAACUCGGCUCAGACCUCGGCUCAAUCAAAGAAAAGUUUUCCAGUAAUGAGGUAAGACAUGAAAGCCCGGUGAACAAGGCGACAUGUUGAAAGGGCCCUUUUGAUCUUGCUAGGCACAAUGGUCAAAUUUGAAAAGAGCAAAGUGUGCUUUAAACAGCAAUGCACAGCAUUAACCUUGUCUUUUGACAGGCCCACACCUAGAAAGAAGUAAUAUUCCUCAUAAUGGAAAAUGUAGUUCAUGAGUAAUGGCUCCUUUGGAGGAAGGGGGGCAAAGUUUCCCCUGUUCUUACUUUUUUCGCUGCCAGUGUUUUAUACGUGAAGGUAUUUCAUGACUAUUUUGCAGUACAGAGGCAGCUCUGGUCAAAUUGGUGGCCUAAGGAUUCAGAGCGUCCCCCACACACCCCACCCGAACAAACAAACACACACAUACAAAUUUUGGAUAACAGCCAUCAGACUCAACACAACAGUUUAUUUUUCAAACACCCCGCAAUAAAGUAUACAAGAUACCAAGUAAAAUGUACAUAAAAACAAACAAACCAAAAUCCAGAGGUCCUGUCGGGAUUUAAUGCAAAUACAGAAUUUGAGUUUCUUGAAUUGAAAAACAGAAAAGUGAUGGACCAGGAUACUCGUUGGGAAAAUAGCAGUCCAAACGGAAAAUCAGAGGCAAUAAACAAGGAUAUGUAUCAUGCAACAGAGGUCAUGAGACACAUAACAAGAGUCACAUAAACCCCAAAGGGUAAUCCUAAAACACAGAAACUAAUGGGGGAAAAAAAAGAAGAGAAGUGUUUUCUCUCUUUUUAAUCUCCUUUUCUAUUUAUUUCAUAAAAGUUCUUUCUGUUAUAAUUACAGAUGAUUAGUAUUAUUAUUGUGUUAUUAUUAACAUUGAUGACAUUAUUAUUAUUAUUAGUUUGAUGAUUGUCAUAGGCCUCCAGUCGUCUGUAUCGCCAUCUAAACUAUGUUUCUUUGUAUUUUAUUUUAUUUUUAAAAUUAUUACAAACAGUUUAUUUCUAUUUUUAUAUUCAAAUAUUUUGAAUCCAUAUUAAUAGAUAUAAAUUUUUUCAGUUUAAUUUAUUUUCUGUUUUUUUUUUAUUUUCUAUACCCCCCCCCCCCCCCCAACUCUCACUGUCCCCUGUGUACUGCAUGAAUGUCACCUGUCUGUCUUGUUAUUUUUUACAUUAAAAAAUAAAAAAGCUUUUAAAAGAAGAAGAAAAGGAGUAGAAAUGCACCGUCCUGUACACAGAUUUCUUAACCAGAAACAGAAUUCUUCAUUCAUCCCAGGGGGAAUUCAGUGACACACAUAAACUUACCAGUAAACUCAGGAUGUGUCAAAAAAGAAAAAUAAAUACUGUUACUUUCAUACAAAUUCAUAUCAAGAUAUACAAUAAGCCAGCAACUGCUCGCCAAAGUACUAUAGAAAUACAGUAAAUAGUUACAACACUUUUCUUCCCUUUUCUUUGACUUGUUUUUCACUUUGUCUAAGCAAGUUUGGAUUUGCAUAUGUGACAACUGUACAUCCCUAACAUGCUAACAUCCACACAGUGUUGGAAUAUGAUUGAUUGUCUCAGUCAUUGUUAUUUUAUGUAUGAUUGUUUUUGAAUGUGUUGCAUACUUACAGUUUCAUCCAGUUACAAGUUUAUCGUCAUUAUCACACCGCACUGUAAUAAACAUGACUUCUAGCUUGUUUGUUUCCUUGCCCUUUUUUGAUAGCGCUGUAUAAAUAUACUGUUGUUGUUCCUACAGGUGACACACUAUUUUUGCUUGGCAUACUGUUUACAUUGUUGUUGAAGCAGCUUGUGAAUUGUGUUUAUUAGACUGAAUAGGUGAAUUGGUUGGCUUAUUGCGUUGCUUGAUAUAUAGAUGUAUGUAGGUGACUGUACUCACUUUUUUUCUUUUGACAUAUCCUGAGUAUACCGGCAUGUUAAUGUAUGUUAUGAAAUUUGUGUACAAGAAGGUGUGUGUCUACUUCAUCCUUUCUUUCUCCGAUAGUUAGUUGUCUGUGUGUCUAGAUUACCUUUUAUCAUACAGCGUUAAAUACCUUUUUUAAAUUGUCUCUACUAUGUUCUGAUGAGGAGUCAGCUAAGUCAGAAUGUGCAGACAUAUCCUUGUUUAAUAAAGGACUUUUAUAUUGUACCAAUGUGUCUUAGAGUCAUUUUAGUUUGGACCACCAUUUUUUAUUAGUGUUUGUGUUUUCUAAUUCAACCCUUUGUCCCUUAUGCUUGAGGAGCACCUGAAUUCUUCUGCCAUUUCUCUGGACCAAGUGCAGCACUGACCUCUAUCAACUAUUUAGACACACAUACAAAUAGCUCUAACACCAUGCAUUAAAAAGGUGCUGUGUUCAUGGUACUUCUAGAGUGCAUCUGGACAAAUAGAGAGAGCAAAUUUACCAAUUACAGUUCAGGCAAAAAUUUAACUGCAGCAGACAAUGUAGGACUGCUGCAGCCUGCAAACUGUAACAUGCACCAGUAACUUUACAUCAGUGCUAACUUAUUUAUGAUAUGGAUCUCUUAAUUUUACAGUUAAGAAUGCCCAACAAUACAGACAAAGGUAAUUAUUUGUCCUCACAGAUUCUGAAUUUCAGCACAGUAUCCGAGUUACUGGUAGGAGGAUGAGCAUUAAGCAGCCAGUGGCAGUAAACCAUUUAAAAACAGCAGUUUACCAGAUAGAAACAAUGGUUAACCAGAUGGCAACAGCAAUUUAACACAGAGCAGCAAAAAAUUAAUCCUGAAGCAGCACUUUUUCAAUGCCUUUCAAAAGAUGACAUAUCUCCAUCACAUACAAAUUAGAUAUAUUUUCAUUUUUCUUUAGUUUCUUUUAUUCUGCAACAUUAGCAGUGAUUUAAUAAAUGUGGUGUUCUGACGUAAAGUGUCACAAUGAGUCCCAUUUCUUGAAAUUAGUGCCAUCAGGAGACCCUACAUCACAGAUUGAUGAGCACAGAUCUUCCAAGUCACCCUCCUUGUUUUAUGGAGAGUGAUUAAAGGUUAAUAGUAGAGUGUAAGAGCUGAAGGAUUACCCAGCAGCCACCUCUGCCUGUCACAGGUCAGUGCAGGGACGACUCUGUCCCCAGACUCUGUUAACUAAGUGGGCCGGCACUAUCUCUGCCCAUCAGCCAGCCAGUCUGCCUGCUCCAAGGAUAACACUAAUAAAACAUACCUGUCCAUUCAGGAGGCUGGUUUAUUGUCGAGAGUAAGCAUCUAUUAACUUCUGCCGGUUUAGUGAAUCAUACAACAAAGGCUUUUAAGGAAGCCUUCGAGUUUCGAGACUUUUACAACUGUCUUGUAGUGAUUUGAUGCAAAAGUUUGCGAGCAGCAGCUGCCAAUAGCAGCACUUUCAUGGUACCACUACCUACCCAUGAAAAAUAAAACCAGUGAGCAGGUGUUUGUCUAUAUUUUCAGAAACCUGCAGCUUUGUUCUGGAAACACAAAAACAUACUCCCUCUGUUGCCUGCUGGUGUGUGUUCAUUUUCCACAUGAAGCUUUAAGACAAAGGUGGUCCACUCAGGUAAUGGAGUGCCUCAGAGCACACUCUGUUCAGGUGGAAGACCUCUGUGCUGCCAUCUUCACGCCUGAACUGCAGUCAAUGACAGACAUACAGCUUGACGCCUCAACCCAAGCACAAAAAAACCUGCGUCGACCGUACAGCCAGAAGCUGUUCCAAUAACCCUCUAUUCACUGAAUUGUCUCUCUGCUUCUUUUAUGAAUACAGCCUGCCUCCCUGGUGUUCAAUUACCUGAGUCAAUAUGGACGUAUUGAACCCCAACAUAUGAGUCAAAUCAUAAAGUGUAUAUACAAGAGUAGGGAUAUUAUGACCAUCUGAGAGGGGCAGUGAAAAUUACCCUGGUGAUUUGCAGCCCAGGAAGUAAACAAAGUAGUAAUAUAUGAGAGUCAUAACACUCAAAUAUGGUUCUAGUGAGCAGAACAUCUGUCCAGUGCUGCUGCUUUACACCACUUUGACAGGAAGACGAUCAUAGCAUCUUUAAACAGACAAUCAAAAUACGCUAUAAAAAUUCAUGCCUAUGUGCUACGAUUAUGCCGGCGUUAUGCUUGUGUGUGAACGGGUUCAUAUGAGACCAUGUGUGCAUUGCGUGCAUGUGACAGCUGCUGCUUUUUGGCACACACAUGCACACACACCUACAUGGAGUGCACACACGCACACUCAGGUAGCAGCUGGGCAGGCUCACCUGUCAUAUUAAUAAAACCAGACAAUCCCUUCCAUCAGCAGUGGCACAGCAGCAGCAGCAGCAGCAGAGGCUAAAGCAGACAGCGAGAGAGAGACGAAACAAAGGAGUGCAGAGGCGGAGACAUGGAGGGCUGAAAAUGAGCAGGAAAAAAUGAAGAAUUGGUAACACUUUCUGUGAAGGCUAUAUCCACAAAUGGUUUAAGAGACCAGUUUACAGGGUGUGCUGUAAACCUUCAGUAUGCAUAACAAGAUCAAACAAUGUUUUUUUGAGAGCUGAUCACUUAUUCUUGAAAACUGGCUUAGAAUUGUGCAAGACGACAUCACUACAGCUCUCAUUUACAACCACUUACCUGGAUCUGGGUGUGCCAAGUUAUUUUCAUCAAAAUGAAUCACUCAGUUUAAAUAGUUUAUCACAGAUAAUUUAAUUUUUUAGCAGAUUUUGAAAUUCCUUUAUUUUGUAGUUUGAUUCAUAUUAACAAUAUAAAGUGACGUGCACCGGUGUCUGACACUGAGAAUAAAUCAAUCUACAGCCUCGGGAACAAUGACAGAUUUUAGAAUUAUAGUCUUCAGGCUAAUCAUGUUAAUUCUAACAUAAACUGGAAUUUAGUUUUCAUAUGAGUCAAUUCAGGUAAAUGUAAACAAUCUUCCUGUCACUGUGUUGAGUUUCAUUCAGUGGACCUCACUCUGCAUUUUGUCAGGGUUUAUAUUAGUGUAAUUUCAGUCCAUGUUUAACCAUUAUUUUCUAAGAAGAAGAAAGUUUAUGAUAGUUUUUUUAAAUUUAAUCUAAUUUUUUUAAAGAAAACUUUGUGAACAUGUGGACAGUAGGCACUGAGAUUGGACCACCAACCUACAAAUGAAGAUGAUCUACCAUUGAGCCAUAGCUGCUCUCCAAUUUAUACAACUCUCCUGUGUGUGUAGCAGUUAAUUUACCACACUGUCUUGGUUUAGUCAUAAAAAAACAAGUAUCUCAACAAAUACAAUUUUUUCAUGGUCAAAAUUAUGCUGAUGCAGAAGAAGUGUUACUUUGGUGUACAGUAUUUCUGAGAUAUUUUUGCUUAUUUACUGAUAUCAAGGGAUCCCAAGAUAAGCAUAUGCACUUUUCAGGAGUUCUGCUUUGGAUGCUUUCUCUAUUUCAUACAGGGCCUGUAUGCAUGGAACUGUUGUUUGCUGUGGCAGCAGCACAUACAGCUGAUCAGUACUUGAGGACACUCUUUUAUACCCCAAGUCUCUUGCAAAGCUGACAGGCCUGCUGUUAUUUACAACAUCUAUAGGGAGCACAAUAGUUAACUUUAUCUACAUCCACAGGUCCGUGGUGAUUUGCAGACUCUAAAUCUAUGCUGGCUCUGACUUAAAGUAUUCUUGUGAUAUUUUAAUCCCUAUUGACAAACAGUGUAUAUUACUGUUGACUUGUUAUCUGAGCCAUCUGGGAGUUUAUGACAAAAUAUACCAUUCAAAAGAACAGCAGUGUUGUACUUUUUAAUCAUGGCAGUUAGGACGCCGCAGCAGCUCAACUAUAAAGUGACAGGAUGUGUUAGAAGAAAAAAAAAGAAAAUACCACAACCUUAAUUGCAAACUGAUUAAUGUUUGAUUGCAGAAUUUAUUUAUUAAGGUUGGAAAGUGAGGUAAUUAUCUUAACAGAGCCAAUGAGUUGGUAAUUCUGAACAGAACAAACUGAUAUUAGAUUAUUGUCUGUAACUGCAUAAUAUGCGGUUCAAAUCACUGGCUACACAAAAUGAUCAAAAUCGGCUUAUUUCUUAAUCACAUGCACAUCAGGUAAAGGCUUUUAAAAUAUUCCACACUUAUAACAAAGACGGUAACAUAAAAAAUCAUUGAAGGGUCCCUCAGGUCAAAGAGCAAAAAAAGGACAUUUAUUGUAUUUGCAUUGCAGAAUUUUAAUUCUAAAUACACUGUUAUAAUUUGGUGAUGAGGAUUUUUUAAUUAUUCAAGCCAAAACAAAAACAAACCAAUUUAUAAUCAAAUUUAAUGAAUUAAUAAAAAUCACAGCAGAAACUUAAAAAAAAAAAAAAAAAUCCUCUUCCAAAAUUGGUAAACUUAAGGUCACCCUUUAAGAGAGGCGGAAAAUUAAUCCUGAGCAAUGAGAGACCGCAGAAAAUACCAAUCCAGUUUUGACUGCACCACUGAGACAUUUUUCAAUAGCCAUAUACAAAUCUCUGCCUUGUUUUCUCCAGUGUGUUGUUAAAAAAAAUUAAGCUUGCUUUAUAAGUUAAAAUUUAAGUAUGCACUUAAUUCCCUCCUCAAUAGAAAUUUCACAUAGUAUUUAAAGUCUCUGGACAACCAGACGAGAAGACAUGCAGUGAAGCCUUUUUGAACUUUCAGACUGUGUGACUAUCCGUCUUUUCUGUGCCUUGGUCUGUCUCUGUGUGUUGUUGAAGGUGCAUGUUGGUGCUUGCUUGUGUGUGUGUUCUUUUGGCAUCAGAAAAAGCCUUGGACAGAGUAAAGAGCGGGCCCAGGUGAGAAGGAAGGAGAAAGAGAAAGAGGAAGAGAGGAGGUGGAAAAUGAAAAGCUGGGAAAUGGAGGGCUCCUUGAAUGCACCACAUCUAACAGAAACGGAGGCUGCACUGUGGAGGGAAGACCGUCCUCCUCUUCCAUUAACCCCUGGAGUGCUCGGUUGCCCAGGUAAAGCUGACGGCUCUGACAGCUGCUCCAUGGGUGGGAUCCUGUGUGUUUACUUUUACCUGUAG